AUGGAUGUGGAGAGUGGUAUUUGUCAGCGAAACGGGGACUCUGGUCCUAGUGAGUUCGGCGUUAAGAUCCCCGAGAGGAUGCUGAAACGGGAACAGGAUAGGCUCGAGGACGUGGAGAGAAAGAAAGAGGAGAAAAAGAGCCAGUCUGUCACGGAGGAGAAGAGUGGGUUAUUCACCGCGACGUUCGGCAGCGAAAGGGCGGCUAUCGAGAAAUUACUGGCUGGCUGCUCCGGGGCUACUGACCGCGCCCUUGCCACCCAAACCUUAGAGGAGGUGACUACUAAAGCACAACAGCUCCAGAAGUUUCUUAACGAUAGCAUGGUGUUUUUACCGCAGUACGAGCUGAGACAGGCACAGAUGGCGCUCCAGAAACUACAGAACUCUCUUGCCGAGAAGAGAGACGAGAUUAUCCCCAAGAAGAAGUUCUCCUUUAGGUCGCGCGCAGCAAAUGCACCCAAAGUAGAUCCACCUGUCGCGAACCCAGCGCCACCUGUAACGCCUAAGGAUUCUGGCCGAACUAAAGUGGACGGAGCCAUAAGCCCCCCAGAGCAGUGCGGCUUCUCCCACUUUGAGUGCCAGGUAAAAGUCCCUAACAUAACAAGUUUAAUUAAGUCAUUUCUCAUGAGAAUGUUUGUCUCUAGUCAAUUGUGGUGUAGAUUAUACCAUUUGCAGGUGUGUAGUUUAAAUGUCUGAUGACCACUUUUUGUUUUUGGCAGGUGCUGACCAAGUCAGGUGAGGAGAUCAAACAACAGGAUGUUCUCCUGACCCACCUGACCAAUUGCAAGGUCAGACUCCUGGGCUCCCCCAGCACCGUCCACAUCAAACACGUCCAGAACUGUGAGAUCUUCUCAGGGCCGGUCUCCAGCUCUGUAUUCGUGGACCACUGCACUGGCAGCACCCUCUCCUUCCCCUGUCAGCAGCUACGGACGCACCACACCACCGACACACAGGUCUAUCUGCACGUCACCAGCCGCGCCAUCAUAGAAGACUGUCAAGGGGUGCGCUUCGCCCCUUUUGCCUGGUCCUACACAGGUCUGGACCAGGACUUUAAGGUGUCUGGUCUGGACCGGGACAGGAACAACUGGAACCAGGUGGAUGAUUUUAACUGGCUGGCCAUAGGGACCCAAUCACCUAACUGGUCUGUCAUCCCAGAAGCUGAGAGAAGAACUGAAUGGGACUCCUAGAGACAUAAAGAAAGGAAGAGCCUUUCAGUCAAACAAAUGAAUAGUGUUUUCUUAUUUUCUAGAUUUUAUGCAGUUGACUUCACAACAACAAUCACUCAGCCCUGAUGGUGACAAAGCCUUAUGCUACUUUGCUUUUCAUAUGAUUUAAUGCUGAUGGGUUAUUUCAUAAUGUCUUGACAGGGUAAUAUUGUCAUGUCGUUCAUGCUGCCUGAAAGCUUUUUAAUAUUUACUCACAGGGAGAAAAGGUUUACGCAUUACUGAUUUCUCACAACCUUACUCUGAGCAGUUCAAUUAGAAUGUUAACAACAGGUAAUGUCACUAACACCGUUUGUUACACGUUCAUUUAAUCAGAAAGGACCACCUUAGUCCUUAGGAAAAAAAUGCAGCACCUUAAUAUGUUUACAAA